AUUAAUCUCUACGCUUCUCUCUCUGCAAUCACUCAUUGAGAGUCUUUCUCUCUAAGGUGUAGAAGCAGUUGAAAACUUCAACAGUGUUGGAUUGUGAAGUUGCCCAAACAUUUGGCGCCGUCUGUGGGAAUUCGAACAAGAAGUCGUGUGAUUUAACCUGCUGAGAGAAAGUGGUUCAUACCUUUACGGGAGGUCGCCCUCCAAGAAAUGAAGUGGACGAACAGGAGGACAUACAAGUAUCUGAGCCCGAGUUGAAUGACUUUAGGCCAAUGCUUAGAAAUCUUUUUGUAGGGGGAGCCGAACAGGAUCACCUAAGUGAGAUAGAUGAUGAAAGAACACCAACUGGGUCCGCAACCCAACCCGAACAGUUCCAAGUUCCAACAGGAACAAGACGAAGACCUUCUAGACCACACAAUUCACAGCAUGAACGGCCUGAAAGGUCAACAGAACCUGCUCGGACAACCGAGCUCGAAGAAAGAACUAGAGUUCUCGAAAUGGCAAUGGGUAAAAUCCUUGCCCGCCUAAUCCCUGAUGACCCCCUGAUUCUUUUGCUGAACAGGGAUGCACAACCAGCUGCGGUUGUUGCAACUAGAAACUCCCCCGCUCUAAGCAAUAUAGUAGUGCCGACCAGGCCUAGGGGAAGUGGGAAAUUGAAUAUCGAGCCCAGCCCGUCCAAAUAUAGUGAAGAAUUGAUGAGAAAGAACGUAGACCUUGAAAGGCAACUGUGGGAUGUGCAGAAAUCCAUUGACGAGCUAAAAAGCCCCAGGUCGCACCAACAGACCUUGGAUUUGGAUAGUGCCCCGCUGAACCUAUCCAUCACAGCAGAACCAUAUCAAGAGGGAUUCAAAAUUCCCCACCUAGAGACAUAUGAUGGCACGAAAGACCCGGAUGAACAUCUACACACCUAUCAAGCCAUCAUGAGGAUUCAAAAUGCCAAUGAUGCCAUGAUGUGCAAAGUGUUCCCGACGACACUGAAAUCAACAGCCAGAAGAUGGUAUCACAAACUCCCCAGACAUUCAAUAGAUUCAUUUUCCCAGCUCGCCAAGCUGUUCUCGAACAAAUUUGCGAGCCAAAGGGAGAUCAAGCGCACAGCGACUGAGCUAAUGCAAGUUAACCAGAAGGAAGGGGAGUCUUUGAGGGAUUACAUGCAUCGGUUCAACAAAGCCACCUUGGACAUUGAUAAUGUCCCAGACACGAUUUGCCUGUUCGCCCUGUUGCAUGGGUUGAAGCGUGGCCGGUUCCUAGACGACCUGCUUGAAAACCCACCGAAGAUGUGGAACGAGGUGAAUGACAGGUCGGCCAGCUUUAUACUGUCAGAGGACUUUCAGUCGUCUAAGCGACGAGCUGAUGAUAAGCCGAGCAAAGGCCAGGAACAGCACCCGAGAAGAGAAGAAAAGAAGAAGCAGAAGGUCGGUGAGCAAUGGGGGAAACCAGCUGAGUUCCCGAAGUAUGCCAGUUACAUUCCUUUGACCUUACCCAGGUCUCAAAUCCUGGCACAAAUUCAGCACUGGGUUCGGAGACCUCCACCCCCACUACAUGAUUCCCCGAGGGCAGAUAAGAGCAGGCAUUGUGACUACCACCGUGUAUAUGGUCACAAUACAGAGGACUGCCAACACUUGAAGGACGAAUUAGAGUUUUUGGCUCGUAACGGGAAGCUAGAAGGAGGGACACAGGAUGCAUAUCAGGAUAACCAGUAUCCUUCUGAACAAAGCAGAGCAUACCGAGGACGUCCUUUCAACAGGAGAGGGCAGGUACCGAGAACUACCGCCCCGAAUCAAAAAGACAGGAAAGGGGUAGGUUAUGUUGGGAUACCCCCACCUUCUGGUACAAUAAACAUGAUAUCGGGUGGUGUUCACUCAGGGGGCCAGAGCGCCCGAGCUCGCAAGACAUAUGCCCGACAGGUGAUGACCGUCAACAAAAAUAGACCCUUGAAACGGCCGUUUGAGGAAGCAGAAUGGGAAAACAUGCCCAUCACAUUCAGCCCGGCAGAUUAUAAGCGAACAGAAGGAGAGCCCGACAUUAUGAUGCCCCAUGCAGAUCCCUUUGUGGCAACAAAGAUGCAGCUAAAUCCGAGCUCGCUGCAGAAGCACGAAUGGCCAAUAUACGGGUUUGAUAACCAGCCCGUCCCAGUUGAGGGAGUUAUUACUCUUCCUAUAUAUGUGGGCUCAGAACCACACUUAAGGAUGGCUUCUGUCACCUUCCUGGUCGUUAAGAUGGAAUCAGCUUUCAAUGCUAUAUUAGGAAGAGCCACCCUGUGCGAGCUGAAGGCUGUCAUCUCGCAACCCCAUCUCUGCAUGAAAUUCCCAACUCCUCAGGGGACGAUCAGGAAAAAAACAGCUUUUUACGCUGGUGACGCAAUAUACUGCUAUGUCAUGAUGCCGUUCGGCCUCAAAAAUGCCAGAGCAACAUACCAGAAGUUGGUGCAAAUCAUCUUUAAGCUCCAGAUCGGCAGGAACAUAGAAGUGUAUGUAGACGACAUGAUAGUCACCAGCGUGCGAGUUGAGGAUCACAUUGGCGACCUGGAUGAAACUUUUCGAAAUUUGCACCGAGCACAAAUGAAGCUGAAUCCUUUGAAAUGCACAUUUGCUGUAGAGUCGGGAAAAUUCCUAGGAUAUGUGGUAUCCAAGAAAGGAAUUGAGGUAAAUCCAGAAAAGGUUGAGGCCGUUCAGCAGAUGGAGCCACCAAGGACUGUCAAAGACGUGCAGCGUUUGACAGGCCGUGUUGCUGCGUUGCACAGGUUUAUAGCCAGAUCGGCGGAAAGGUGCCUUCCGUUUUUCAAAGCUCUGCGGGAGCCUAAGAACUUCCAGUGGACUGAUGAAUGUGCCGAACAAAACUACCCGCUAGCAGAAAAGGCUACUUUUGCUUUAGUUUGUACGGCUUGUAAGCUGAGAGCUUAUUUUCAGUCUCAUCAGAUUGUUGUUUAUACUGAUUUCCCGCUAAGGAAAAUAUUGCAGAAGCCAGAGCUCUCUGGUCGGCUCAUCGGAUGGAGUGUCGAACUAAGUGAGUAUGACCUUAAAUUUCAGCCGUGCACGACUAUAAAAGGCCAAGCUGUGGCAGACUUCUUAGUUGAAUGCGCCCCGGCGGCUGUCAAAGAAAAGGUACCUGAAUACCCAGUUUGGGUUUUGUAUGUAGAUGGAGUUGCUAAUGUCGAAGGAUCAGGUGCUGGGGCUGUGUUAGUGGGCCCUGAUGGCUCCAAGUCUGAGCACGCGCUAAGGUUUAAGUUUCAGACAACCAAUAAUGCUGCAGAAUAUGAAGCCCUAAUAUAUGGACUGAAGCUGGCGGCCGAGCUGAAGGUACAAAGCAUUCAGGUCUUCAGUGACUCUCAGCUUGUUGUUCUCCAGGUGAAUGGCAGUUGCGACAUUAGGGAUCCUCAGCUCAGUCGUUAUGCCCUUGUGGUCAACAGAUGGAAGUCAAGGUUCGCUUCAUUUCAGAUCGACAAAAUACCACGGGCAGAUAACCACCGAGCUGACGAGCUGUCAAAGUUGGCCUCCUCGCAGGACAUUAACCCUCAAAGAUCAACAAUCGUUGAGGUGCUCGACGCACCAAGCUACACUGAUUCCACAGUCGACUGUCAACUACUCAAUAACCAGCUCUACAAACGAGCAACCUCAAUGCCCCUAUUAUGCUGCCUUACUCCUUACGAAGCUGAAUACGCUGUGAGAGAAGUUCACGAAGGAGUAUGUGGCACGCACAUCGGUGGCAAAACUUUAGCUCGAAAACUCCUGAGGCAUGGUUAUUACUGGCCCACUAUGGUCGACGACGCACAGAACUAUGUCAAAAAAUGUCCGACCUGCGAGUUCAAUGCUGAUGAUAUACACAUGCCAGGUGUCGACCUGCUCGGCCCUUUUAUCAAAGGCAAAGGAGGCUGUACUUUCCUGGUCGUUGCAGUGGAUUACUUCACUAAGUGGAUAGAAGCUAAACCACUGUCCACGACAACAGAAAGAAAAAUAAAAGAAUUCUUGUUCAAUUCAGUGUUGUGCAGGUUCGGCAUACCUAAGCGAAUUAUCGCCGACAAUGGGCCACAGUUCCGAGCAGCAGCGCUAAGAUCGUUUUGUGACGACUAUGGCAUCGAGCUCGCUCUGACGUCCGUGUAUACUCCACAGUCCAACGGGCAAGCUGAGUCCGCCAAUAAAAUAGUCUUGCGAGGCCUCAAGACACGCGUUUUGGCUGCGCAUUCUAAUUGGGUUAACAAGCUCAAUAAAGUACUUUGGUCUUGUCGCACCACACCCAGCUCGGCUACGGGCGAAACCCCUUUCAGCUUGGCCUAUGGAGCUGAAGCCGUCAUUCCAGUAGAGGUUGGAUUGCCAUCCGAUCGAGCAGGCCGGCAUGACGACCUCAACAAUGAGCAGCUUUUGAGAGAAAACCUGGACUUCGUAGAAGAGGUCAGGGAGAUGUCUAGAAUAAGAACUGCGGCACAUCAAAACCGUAUUGCAAAAUUUUACAAUAAAAGAGUCCGAGCUCGCCAGUUUCAAGUUGGCGACCUGGUCCUACGUAAAGCUGGAUUAACUAACACUCAUUCGCACAUGGGCAAGCUCGCUCCUAAUUGGGAAGGCCCCUAUAUGGUUGUUCAAGUUAAACGACCUGGUUCUUACGUGUUAGCAGAUAUACAAGGGCGUCAGUUACCUUACAUUUGGAACAUACAGAAUUUUAGAAAAUUUUACAGUUAGCCUGUAUACUAUUCUUUUAUUCAAGUCGUUAUUCGACAGUUGUAAAUAAGGGCAUAACAGAAAU